CUUCUUUCUCUCCACGGGGAUCUCGACGCGACAAAUGAUUUUGUAUUCCUAUACGCAUUAUAUAGAAUCUGUUACGAACACUGUGGAUCGCAUGAAAUAAAAAUCAAUGGAGCAUCGGCAGUGGGGAUCGGAGGAGUGGCCAACAUAAAGGAAGAGAAGAUAAAAAUUUGAUAAAACGUCAACGGAAGCAAAUAAGUGUCAAAUAGAGCGAGUGAGUGAGAUAAAAAGAGAGAGAGAGAGAGAGAGAUAAUAGUUUGUGUAGGAUGGACUUUGAGAGCCCGGACGUCGAGAAGGAGUUUCCGGGGCUCUAUGCAUCCGAGUCGGCCCGGAAAAGUAACGAAAGCGAUUUCAGCGACGAGGGCAGUCACGAAAAACACUCGAAGAAAGAGUUAUUAGGUGGAAAACGCAAGGAUAAAAAAGAUAGGAAGGAUCGAGGUUACGCUACUCUGGAAGGCGAGAGCUCUCCCGACGAAGAUCAAGAGACAAAAAGUCCCUCAAAAUCUAAAAAAACGAAAGCCUUCAAGUUUCCAUCUAAAAAAGAGAAACGCGAGAAAUCACGUGAAAAAGAUGGCAAAGACAAGGAAACUGAGAAGGACAAGGAUAAAAAAAAACGAGACAAAGAUGAGAAAGACGUUGAUAAGGAAAAGCGCAAGGAUAAAGACAAGGAUAAGUCUAAACAGAAGGUGAAAGAUCGGAAGAAGAGUAAACACGCGGAGGACGGAUUGGAUAUUGGUGAGGCACAACCAAUCUUUGGCGUCAGUUUGCACCUUGCAGUCGAAAGGAGUCGAUGCCAUGAUGGAGUCGAACUUCCUCUUGUCGUUCGGGAUUGUAUUGACUGCGUAGAAGAAUCAGGAAUGAAUACAGAAGGCUUGUACAGAAUUCCAGGUGUCAAAUCAAAAGUUCAGCAUGUAAAAAAGUUGUACAAUCAACGGGAACCUGUAAAUAUAUCCGAGAUUGAACCCAUGGUUGCAGCGAGUUUGUUAAUACUCUUUCUAAGAGAGCUACCGGAACCGGUUCUUGAAAGUAGCGAAGUAAUAACGCGUUUUGAGCAAGCGGCCUCAACGAAGGACCUCGCACAACGAGAAACGAAACUUGCCCAAUUGACUAAACAGCUUCCUGAAUGCAACAGAACUCUUUUAGCGUGGGUGACGCUUCAUCUCGAUCACCUAACGACCAAAGAAAAAACUACGAAAAUGAACGCCCAGACGGUCGCGAUGACGCUCAGUCCGGUUUUGCAAAUGAGUCAUCGUUUGCUACUCGCACUUUUAUUUCACUGCAAAGCUCUCUUCCCCGAAAUAAAAUUGACGAAAUACGUUCCGCCGUUACCGUCGAGUAGUAUUAAUUUGUUGGAAGGUGCGGAAAAGAUUGCUGCAGAAUUGGCCAAACAGGAGUCUCUAUUGUCACAAAUCCACAUGCAAAUGAACGACGGUUUCGUAACCAAAUCGAGGGAGGAACAAUUGUGGGAGGUUCAACGUAUAAUUACACAGCUGAAGAGAAAAUAUAAGACUGUACAGAAAUUGGAGGGAGCGGUGCAAAAGAGUCUCGACGAGGAGGUCAAAUGUUACGAGGGUAUUCAACGAGAGGCAAGGACGAAAACACUCUCGGAAAGUGACGCAUCUCACGUGAAACUCGAAUCUCGACAGGCGUCAAUAACUUCAGUGAAAAAAGAUUCCGAAGUUUGGAAUAUCGAGGAUCCCAAAGAAAAACAGCUCCCAAAAAGACGAGCCUCUGGUACGAGUGUUGAGGUCACCGAUAUCGAACGGAAAAAUUCUAUUCAGGAAAAAGAUACUAUUGACGGAAUGACCGAAACUCCCACGCUCGUUUCUGAAUCAUCUAAGGGAGUCGACACUUUGGAAUCCCCCCAAGAAGAUGAAAAAGUCUCGACUGAUCCCAGUCCGGAAAAUACAAUCGAUAAACUUCGCGAGAGCUUGAUUCACGUGGAAUUAUUGAAUAUGCAAUCUCAGCUGAAAUCUCGAAUAGCCCAAGAGAAAAGCGAGAUCAAAAGGUUGCUGGAAACUAUAGCUGAAAAAGGGCCGGAAAAACCAAAGCCAAAAGAGAGAAUUCACUCGCCUAACGAAGCGGAAAUUACUGCGAUGAUACAAUUGGGCAAAGAAAAUCAGUUACUUGAGAAAAAAAUGAUGACUCUGAUACGCAGUAUAAUCGAGGAGAGAGAUGCCUGCGUGGAACUCCGGGUGCAAUUGGCAAUGCACCAGCUUCUGUCUCAAAACACAAUAAACGACAUAAUAACGACGAAAAUCUGAAUGUAAUUGUUCUUUCGACUGGCCUCGUACAAUAAUCUACAGAAAAUAAAAAGAAAAAAUAUACGAGAAAUGAAGCAAUUUUCAAAAAUACUGUCAAUUUUUGCUUCUUCUCUUUAAAACCAAGAGGUUUUACUCCAGGUGAUUUUUGUCUCUGAAUAGAGGAAUCAUGUAUAAUUAUAUAAUAUACAAAUGUGUGAGCCUUCGCGUGAUGAGAUCUGUAUAACUUUUUGUAAAAAAUAUAUAUAUAUCCUUGAAAAGACACAAA